AUGUCUAACUACAACGACAACGACAGCUACGGCUCCAACCAGCGCGGAGGAGACUCGUCCAACUACGGACAAGACUCCGGCCGCACUGGAGGAGGAGACUCCUACGGACAGGGCAACGACUCCUUUGGACAGACCCAAGACUCUAGCCGCACUGGUGGCCUCGGUGGAGGAGACUCUUACGGACAGGGCAACACUGGUGGCCAAGGAGGAGACUCCUACGGACAGGGCAAUGACUCCAGCACCACGGGAGGCCUAGGGGGAAACGAUUCCUAUGGCAGCACCAAGCGCUCCGACAACAACGACUCUUACGGAGAUGACUCCUCCAGCAACCAGUACGGGUCAGGUACCACAGGCGGAGCUGGCUUUGGCAACAAGACCUCCGGCAACGACGACAGCACCUUCGACAGCAGCAACACCAAGUACGGAAAGUCCGAUGAGACCACACCGUACAGCGGCGGGAACGACUCCUACGGAAGCGGAACCACUGGCGGUGCUGGCUAUGGCAACAAGGCCGGAGGUAAUGAUGACAACUCGAACUCGAAGGGUGGUGACUCCACCGUGGGCAAGCUCUUGGAGAAGGCCGGCGGCGUGUUCAAGAACGACAACAUCGCUGAGAAGGGCCGCGCCAAGCGCGAGGAGAAGGGCUUCGGAGGAAACGAUGACUCUUAUGGAGGGUCGAACCAAGACUCCUCGUACGGAUCCACCAACCAGGAUUCCUCGUAUGGUAACUCUGGCAACAACAACAAUAACUACUAG